UUCCCGCCUCUAAUACUCUGCUUCUUCUUCUCCUCGCAAAUAACAAAAUUUCCUCCUUCAAAGCAGUCAAACCCUAGAGAACAAGAAAGAGAAAGAACCUUGAGAAUCGUUUACUAUGGUGCCAUCUUUCAAGGAUGAUGAGGAGGGCGCACAACUUUACAAAGAAGCUACACAUCACGUCGCUAAAGGAAAUUACAUCAAGGCAUUAGAGAUCAUCGAAGAUUUGAGUUUAGUGGAAGAUAAAAACACAUGGCUUCUUCGUCUCAAAGAAGGUCACAUAUUCUUGGAACUAGCGAGAAAAACAGAGAACCCUGAGGUGGAAAUCGCAUACUUGUUAGGUGCUGUAGAGUGCUUUUCGGGAGAUGGUGGUGGGUUAUCACCACUUUGUGCAAAUGCACUCAUCAUGUUGGGAAAAAAGCUUGGGUCAGUAUUGUAUUACAAUAAGUCCGUGGAGAAAGCAAAACAAGCUUUAACUGUUACUCAACUGAGUUUGCUAGAGCAAAGAGUAUUCGACCAAACGAAUAAAGGUUUGUUGAGCUUAAUUGAAGAUGCACAGUCCCAGAUCGCUUCUCCCAAGACUCUUGUUGGUUCUAUCAUAAAAAAUUCUGAACAAAAAGUUAUGGAGUCAAAUAAAAGUCCAGACCCACGUGAGGAUGUGGUUAAAGGAUUGAGGUCAUACUGGGUGGGAUUGGAUGUUAAGAUCAAAAGGGACUUUAUGAAAGUAAGCAUUGCAAAGUUUAUUAGUUUUGUUGACGGAAUAGGACAUUACGGAGAGGAGGGGCGAGAUGUUUUGCAGCAAGUUCUCGCUUCUGCAAAGAGAGACAGAAAAUGGACAUUCUGGAUAUGUCGAACUUUGUGUUCGAAAAAGUUCUCUAGUGCUGAAGAAUGUAAGAAUCAUUUUGAACAAGUACACGCUGCAGAUUUCAAACUUUCGUCAGAAAAGGAUAUGGUCAAGAGGAUAGGAAAAGACUGGGCUCGUAAGAUAUCAGUUGGAGGUUGGGAACCAGUGGAUACAGUAGCUGCCAUUGGAAUGAUCAAGAAUCACCUCACAGAUGUGAAAGCGUUUGUAUCUAAAUCUAAGAAUGGAUGGUCCAAUGAAUGGCAUAUAGCUGUGGAUGAAGAGCGGAGUAAGUUACUCAAGGAAAUCAAGUUGCUCCUUGUCUCGUUUUGCGAGCAAAAAAUUCUCCCCGGUAGCAUUCGUGACUGGAUGAUGCGUUUUACAGUUAAGCAUCUUGUAAAACUUGAAGUUUCCGAACAGAGUCUUGUCGAUUCUCGUUUAGUAGAAACACCUCAGAGUAUCUGUUUUCUAGAAAGUCAUGAACUGAAUCAAAUCCUAGAAUUUCUAAACAACAUCAAGUGUGAAAGGAAUGAUGGUACAAAUGUGGUUUGCAGAGCAGUGGACAGUUUCCUGGAUCGUACUCGAGUUAAAGAAAAGAUCGAUUUUGACCCUGAGUUUUCAUAUCUGCUACUGGAUAAAAGUCUACUGAAAAGCAACACUGCUCCACUCGAUGAUGAAGGGACUAUCAGUGUUAUUGAUCCUAAUGCUCACUACGCCAAGGCACAAGCUCAUGGAGAUGAUAUCAUAACAUGGUUAACUGACUACAGUUCAGUAGAUAAGACCUUUCCCCGACCUAUCAGAGAACAUAAUCUUGAUAUCUGGUUGGCUGUUCUGAAAGCUAUUCAGUUUACAUGUAGAACUCUGAGAACCAAAUAUGCAAAGAAAGUUAAGGUCUUAGAUUAUGAUGCAGCUCUUACUGCUGUCAAGAACUUGUGUAUGAGUGAAGAUAAAAGGAGAAUGAAUCUUCAGGAAAAUCAGUGGAGCAGAUACGCAUCUCUUCUAUGCGAUAGAUGUGAAGAGAGAGCCCCAGGAAAUUCCACAAAGUUAUUCUUGUGCGUAGUACGAGAUGUUCUCGAAGGAGCACUGCAUCCAACAUUUGAUUUUCCCGAUUUAGAAGAUUGCCUGAAUCUUAUGCGUGAUCGUAAAAGUGUCAGCGAUGAUAGAGUGUUGAGCUCAAUAGACCUUCUGAAAUCAGUGGUCAUCCACAAGGUUUUACUAAUCGAUUCAAAGAUAUUACUGAUUGAUAAUUCAAGGAUGAGUUUGCUGAAUAAACUCACCAAGCUUUCUAUUUUUGACAACCGCACUUAUAUGCUUCAACUGCUGAAACCUUUCUUGCUGAGUGAAAUUGUAAGUAUGGAAUCCAAAGCGAAGUCAGAGGCAGCAGAAGCAGAACUUUUACUCGAAGAGAAGAAGAAGCCACAAUCAAAGAAGAAAAAUAAAAGCAAUAAGAAUGAAGUUGUGAAUAUAGUGUCCAAAGGCAAGUCAGAUGCAGCAGAAGCAGUUCUUUUAACCGAGAAGGAGAAGAAACCACAAUCAAAGAAGAAAAAUAAAGGCAAUAAGCAGAGAACUUCAACCAGCAAGUCUAAUCCGCGUGAUAAGACUGUUGAACAUAAACCUGCUGUCCACCUUGAGCCUGAAAGUACAUCUUCAUCACUUAAAACGGUGAAAGAAGAUUCUAUGGAACCUGGAUAUGCUCUAGCAAAUGAAAUUCAAGAGGAAGAUGGCCCUGAUAUGCAAAACAAGCCUGGAGAAGAUUCACUGUUGGAACAUUUGGAGUCAGCAGCUGGAGAAGCUGCAACCAGAUACAAUUCAGCUUUUGAUGUGACGCUGAAGGCCCUCUUGAGCAUUAAGAUUUUCAAAGAAUAUUUGAUGCGCAAUAGGCAACCAUUUCAUGACGACCUGGAAGAACAAGUUCCUUCUUCGCUACAAAACUUCUUUACAUCUUUUGUGUCAGAGGUGAUAGACGAUGAGGGAAUCUACAGUUGCCUGUUGAGCGACUUCCUUGCUGACCUAGAAGAAGUUCAUUCCAUGUCAAGUAAAGCUGCUGAGGUACUUGUAACCAUCCUUGAGUUCUGGCAUUGCUGGAAAAAUCCAGAAAGAGAGAGCUUGGUAACUCGCCUUUUCACAUUGGAGGAAAAUGAACGAAUUAGUUGUACCAAAUGCCGAAGGAAGCCAAAUUAUCCAGAGCAAAGUUCUUAUGGCAUUGUUAUGGCUGCAGAUUCAAUCCGAGACCUAAAGUGUGCUCUUGGGAAUAUAGAGUUUAUGGAUAUCCUUAAGGUGAUCCGCAUGGAAUAUAAAAUCUUCUGUGACAUUAAAACAGGAGGAUGUGGAAAGACAAACUUUGUUCAUCACAUUAUAAGUAGAUGCCCACCUAUCUUCAUAAUCGUGCUAGAAUGGGAGAAGAGUGAAACUGAGAAAGAAAUAUUUGAAACAAUAAAGGCUUUGGAGUGGGAGAUAGAUAUCAGUAGGCUAUAUGAAGGCGUAGAACGAAACACUAACUACCGGCUAGUGGCAAUGGUUGGUUGUGGUGAAGAAGAAGAACACAUCUGCAUAGUUUAUGAAAAGAACCGGUGGGUCAAUCUCAGGCACGCUGUAGAAGGAGAGGUUGUUGGUAACUGGAUGAGUGUGGCCCGUUUCUGUGGAGAAAAGAAGGUCCGACCAGAGAUUCUGUUUUAUGAAGCUGUCCGAUCGAUGGUCUAACAAGUGACAUUAUUGUAUCAAUGUGGAGAGGUCCAGCUUCGAUGUAUAAAACAAUGACAUGUUCCAAUUCUAAAGAAGUUGUGUGUUUGUGCUGUAAAAUAUGAUUUGUUUUGGAAACUACAAAUGUUCAACUA